CUCCCCCUUUUUUCUCGCCCUCAGUCUGUGUGUAUCCCAGCCUCCCUUCCUAGAUAUCCAUCCCACACCUCUCCACCCGCAAACGACUCCUACGGGGAGGGGGGAGAAGAAAAAAAAAAGGAAAAAAAGAAAAAAGAACGGAACAGUUUGAAACACGUCGGCAUAAAUCUCACAUCCAGAGCUCCCUCUUCUCCUUCCCCCCCUGACGGACUUCAUUACUUUAUCCCUCUGCGCGCCAAUGCCCGAGACCACGCCGAAACGAAGGAUUUUUUCCCCUUGAGCAUGAAAAGGAUUGCAAAAUCGUCCGCAAUUCAACAUCACCGACUGAGCCACCAGCAUGAGCACUGGAUACAUAUGCUCCAGCAGAAGUUGUUGGCUAGAGAACUAACACAUCUUGGACCACAGAUACAGCUCAGAGGGGAGAGUCAGUUUUAGGUCUCCACAUAAUGGAGCGAGAAUGAACAGAGAGCGGCUUAAAAAAAAGCAUGAACUGGAGGUUUAUUGAGGUCAUCUGCUUCCUGUUUAUAUGGGACCAUAUAACAGUUCAGUCUUCGCGCCAGGACCCGUUGGCCACUGAACAACAUGUCACCAAGCAACAUGACUGGCUCAUCUCUGACCGUGGACCGUUCCACCACUCUCGGAGUUAUCUGUCCUUUGUGGAAAGAUUCCGCCAAGGAUUUACGACCAGAUAUAAAAUUUAUAGGGAAUUUGCACGUUGGAAGGUGAGGAACACAGCGAUCGAGAGACGGGACCUAAUCCGGAACCCCGUGCCACUCAUGCCUGAGUUCCAGCGCAGCGUGCGCUUGCUGGGCCGCAGACCCACUACUCAACAGUUCAUCGACACCAUCAUUAAGAAAUAUGGAACCCACAUUCUCAUCUCAGCCACCCUUGGAGGAGAGGAGGCACUGACUAUGUACCUGGCCAAAAACAAGCUGGACAGGAAGCUGGUCAACGCCACCCAGAACGUGGAAGCUCUUCAUCAGCUGGCCUCGUCCUACUUCAUCGACCGCGACGGCACCAUGAGGAAGCUGCAUGAGAUCCAGAUUUCCACCAAUGCCAUCAAGGUGACGGAGACCCGGACGGGGCCGUUGGGCUGCAGCAGCUACGAUAAUCUGGACUCGGUCAGCUCGAUCCUCCUCCAGAGCCCUGAGAGCAAGAUUCAUCUGCAAGGUCUUCAGGUCAUUUUCCCAGAUUACCUGCAGGAGAAGUUUGUGCAGUCAGCCCUGAGCUACAUCAUGUGCAACGGAGAGGGGGAGUACGUGUGCAGUAACAACCAGUGCAUCUGUCAGUGUGCCGACGACUACCCACAAUGCAACUGUCCCAUCACCGACAUCCAGAUCAUGGAGAACACUCUGUUGGGGAUGUCUGAGUCCUGGGUAUCCUCUUAUAAAGACUUUGAAAACUCUGAUGAGUUCAAGUCCUUCCUGAAGAGGCUUCCCGCCACUCACUUCCUGCCCAUCAGCAGCGUGCACCUCUUGUGGGGCAGCGACUGGGACCUUCAGGCUCGCUACAGGCUCCUACAGAGUUCCCUGGAGAUCCACCGGCUCAAGAUCCAACGCACCGCCCGCAAGCUCUUUGGCCUCAGCAUCCGCUGUCACCACAACCCCAACCACCAUAUGCCCAGGGAGAGAUCCGUGAUGCAGUGGCUCAACAGGGUCCAGUCCUUCCUCUACUGCAACGAGAACGGGUUCUGGGGGACCUUCCUGGAGAGCCAAAGGACAUGCGUGUGCCACACGGGCGUCACCCUGUGCCAGCGACCCAUCCCCUGCGUCAUAGGUGGCAACAACAGCUGCGCCAUGUGCAGCCUGGCAAACAUCUCACAAUGCGGCUCCUGCAACAAGGGCUACAAGUUGUACCGCGGUCGCUGCGAGCCCCAGAAUGUGGACUCAGAGCGUAGCGAGCAGUUCAUCAGCUUUGAAACUGAUCUGGACUUUCAGGACCUGGAACUCAAGUACUUGUUGCAGAAAAUGGAUUCGCGACUGUACAUCCACACCACUUUCAUCAGCAAUGAGAUCCGGCUGGAGACCUUCUUUGACCCGCGGUGGCGUAAGCGCAUGUCCCUCACUCUCAAGAGCAACAAAAACCGGAUGGACUACCUCCACAUGAUAAUCGGCCUAUCAAUGAAGAUCUGCCAAAUGCGAAAUAGCAGCAUUGACCCCAUGUUCUUUGUUUAUGUCAACCCAUUCAGCGGUAGUCACUCGGAAGGUUGGAGCAUGCCCUUUGGAGAGCACGGUUACCCGCGCUGGGAAAAAGUGCGAUUGCAGAACUCUCAGUGCUUCAACUGGACUCUCCUGCUGGGCAACCGGUGGAAGACCUUCUUCGAGACGGUGCACAUCUACCUGCGCAGCCGCGCCAAGAUCCCGACUGGCCUGCGCAAUGACACGGGACAGGGCCCAGUGGAUCUCGGAGACCCUAACAAGCGGCAGAUCUACAUAAAAAUAUCUGAUAUCCAAGUGUUUGGCUACAGCCUGCGCUUCAAUGCCGACCUGCUGCGUAGUGCUGUGCAGCAGGUCAACCAGUCGUACACGCAAGGGACUCAGUUCUACUCAUCCUCAUCCGUUAUGCUCCUGUUACUGGACAUCCGGGAUCGAAUUAACCGCCUCGCCCCUCCGUCUGCGCCCGGCAAACCCCAGCUGGACCUCUUCUCCUGUAUGCUGAAGCAUAGGCUCAAGCUCAACAACAGUGAGAUGAUUCGAGUUAAUCAUGCCUUGGACAUGUACAGCACGGAGAUCCUAAAACAAUCAGAUCACCUGACUGCUAAACUCUGUUGAACCUAAUUACACGAACACCCAACAAAUGAACUAUGAGGGGAAAUUAAUCUUAAUUUGUCUUUCUCUUUUUCAUUUUUGGACCUUUUCUGCCUUUUGAUGUAAUAUUAACUUUGUAAGCAUAAUUCUUAAAGACAUAAAGGAAAAAGGCAUUGAUGAAAAGCAUUUCAGAUAAGAUAACAAAGAUCAACAGAACCACUAUAAAGACUGUACCAUAUUUGUCCCAGCAUGUCGUUCAUUCCCUAAAAGAACUUAAAAGAGAGAGAAAAAAAUAAGAUAUAAAAUAUAUGUACUGGUGAAAAAGAGGCCUUGAUUUUACUCUGAGGGAUCAAAGGUUACAUCUGAAACUGCCAUUGUUUACUGAGAAAAACGUUUUUAAAAGAAUAAUGAUAUAACACAAGGGCAUAGCAGAUUUCCUUUUAUUUCAGCUAAUGUGCAACAUAUUUCAGACAUAAUGGACCGUUAAAUAUUAAAAAAAAAAAAAUAUGUUCAUACAUUGUAAGGAUUAAAUAGCCCUAGUGAGUAAGUCUCCAACACAUUACUUAAAGACUCCUUAUUAACAUUUCAAACCCACAGCAAAUCUUUGUGAGCUAGGAGGCACUCUGUUAUAGUUCUGACACAUAAGGCACACAGCGGGGCAGUAAUGGGUAGUCAUGUCAAGUAACAAAAGCCAGCUGUUUAUAUAUAUACAUAUAUAUGUGGGUGAAUGUAGGUGUGCGUGCGCGUGUGCAUAUGUGCGUGUACAUUUUUUGGGGGCUUGACGCUUAUUGCUGUUCGUUAAUUGAAUGUGUCAUUCGAGAUGGACUCCAGUCAGAGCAAAAUCCUUCAUUUUGGAGCGCUUCUUCCCGUGUUUGAAUUCAAGCUGUGUUUUUUCACAAGGCAGUACCUCCUGGUGCGUGAGUGCAAUAUUGUGGUCUGAAGAUUUAACAAUCAAUGCUAUUUUGUACAGCUUUGCAAAAUGUACAUGUUGUGACUGCUGAUUUGUGGAGCUUUUCAGCACCGAGAGCAAAAUGUAUUCAACAUUCAUCGUUCAGGCACAUUUGCAAGACAACUUAAAGCCAUACACUUCCCUGAGGUAGACAUACAGUAAGACAUAAAGCUCACCCCUGUUUCACAAAAGUACAUACAUGAAAAAAAAAAAACUUUAAAAAAAGUUCAAUUUUUACGGUUUAAUUUUAAACUCUCAGUUUUUAGAUAAGAGCACAGCAAAAAGGGAGAUGAAAAGGGAAGGCAUACCAUGUUGGAUAAGAAUCGUGUUGUAAAACCACUAAAUCUAUCUGUUGUGCCACGGGAAAAAAAAAGAAGAAAAAAAAAAGAAAUGGAUAUAUUAAAGCUUAAAAUACCUUUUUGGCAGCGUUUAGUCUGUACGCUUUUUAUGACCACGUGUAAAGAUUUCUGUUUUUCUCUCCAGAUAUAAAAUUUAACCUUGUUUUGCAUGUUGCUGGGAAACAUCAACAGAACUGCAACCGUGUUUAACACUACGUCAUCAAACCAAAAUAUUAAACACCACCAUGUAUUGUCAGUCACACUUUAUUUGGGUAAUCCAAUGCUGAAACAUCGCUAUUGCUGUUAGUUUUUUUUUUUUUUUUGUAGAUCCAGACAAUUAUCUGCAUGUUUGUUAACAACAACAAAGGCAAGGUCACUCAUGUCACACAACCUGCUGUACGAGCCAUUGGUGAUGUUAAAAAACUACUAAAAGGGUUAAAAAAAGGAGAUAUCAUAUGUGAUGCCAUGGCUCCCAUACUCUAGAAAAUCCUUCUUGCCAGCCCAGUUGCAAGCAUUUAGACUAGCAUCUAACAAAUGUCCUAUUUUAUUUUUUUAUUUUUUGUUUGUUUCUUUGGUCUCUUGCUGUAGCUUUAAUUUAGUUCCCUUUUAACUUUUUGUUUAAUUUUUUUGUGUUCUUCUAAAUAGUUCAUUGUCCUUUCACAUUGUGAUGUCACUCGUCUUGUGGGGUCAGCUGAAAGCAGAGGCAUGUAAUAAAGGUCCGACCGUGGUCAGUUGUGACAACAGACAAGUGAACCGGGUUGUAAUUCCUCCACCAAUCCAACACAUCUCAAAAAGCUGAAGAAAUUUGGGAUUUUAAAAUGAGCAAGAAAUUGCACCAGCCUUUAAAUGAAACCUCUUACUUUUCUUAUGGAUGUACUGUACCUUUGUCGGCUGCAUAUUUUAAUGCAUCCACAAUCACAACUUUGAUGUGCACUCUUGCCAUGAUGUAACCAACAGAAUAAUCUCCGGCUUUGUGUGGCAAUGUUUUUGUCUGUUUAAUUGUUGUCAGUCUUCUUUCGUGAGGCACUUCUGAGUGCUUUAAAAAUAACAAUUUAGUCCGGUGUAUAACUAUAAUGGUUCACUAUAACUUAAAUCAAUUUCAGGUAGUCUGCAAAAUAACUUACCAAUUUCCAGUGUACAGUUUAGUGCGUACGCGGUGGCUGGUGCUGGAGGACUGAGGCUCGGGUCAUCGGGCUCAGCUGUGUGGAGUCACGUUAAUCUCUAAGUACAAUACUAUUUCCUUUGUCGGGUCAACGCCUCAACCUCAGUAAAAGGUGCAUUAAGUGAGUGAGCGGCUACCAGUGCAAUGCUAUUGUUUCAGAUUUACGUAGGAUGGCAGCACUGCCUCGAGGAAACCAGCAGAAGGGGAGGGAGGGCAUCCGAACCAGAGGGUACAUUUUAAAGUGUACUGUAUCACGACCAAUCUCCUUCGGUGUAGAUGGGAACUGCAAUCGGUCUCAAAGCUCUUUGGAUUAGUUGUUUAUCAGGCCAAGUUAUCAAUUAUGAUCUCGUUUUUGGCAUGCUAAUGUUAAUAUGGUAGACUCUACACUUUUUGCAAAUAUGUCCAUAGCAUUGCCAUUCUAACGUUUGCAUGCAAACAGUAACUGCUAUUGGAUUCUUUUAAGAUGCCUGAGACGCGCCUGCUGUCAAUAGACAUGUAGUAAAUUGGAUACCUGUUUUUUUUCCAGCAUUAACAUUGGACUAUCCAAAUGAAUUGUUUCAUUAUUAUAAUUCUUGUUAUUAUUAUUAUUAUUAUUAAGUGCCUGUUAUCUAUCCCUUUAACACGUUUAGAGCUGGAGAAAACUUUUAGAUGUUACACAGACGAGUGACACUGAAUUAGCUUCAGAAAAUAAGACCAUUAAUGCUGAUCUAAUAAACACUUUUCAUCUCCUCCUGCGAUCUACCCCCCCCCCCCCCCCGUCAGGAGGUCUGUGCAUGUGGGGAAAUCAAGCACCAUACAGAGGGUCAAAGGGUGACUUGAAGUUAUGGUUGACAUUUUUGUCCCCUGUUGUACAAUGUAUUUGUAAAUAUUAAACUCUGUUACAGUAACAACCUUUGCUACAGUAACAUUAUUAUACAAUAUAACAAUAUUGAAAGGGAAUACGAAGACUACUUUAAAAAAAAAAAAGCCCUCCAUUUGAGUACAUAAGCACUAAGUACAGGGCACUCAUGUCUACUGUAUCUAAUUAGAUUCAUGACAAUGUAUGACUGUUUUUAUAUUGUCAAAGCAUUCUGUACAUUACGAUUUAGUUUUGAGCCACCGCAAGGUCCAUAAAACAAGCACAUCUACUUAUAUGGCAUUAUGCUACCACAGUGUUGCUUACAUGUAUCCAUGGAUAUGUCUGACGAUUUUUACACCUAAUACCUUGCCUAUGUACUUUUUUGCUGUUCUGUUGACAUCCUUAUAUCAGCUUAUUUCAAAUGAAUGUUUCAUAUAAUAAUCUAUUUCUCAUUAAAAGGCUAUAUUUAAUAACAA